AUGGCUACUGUUGUUUCGUCAAACUAUGACAUGUUCCUUUAUUUCCUGGCCAUCUUUUUACCUCCCGUAUCUGUCUUCCUAAAGCGGGGAUGUGCGGCUGAUUUCUGGAUAAAUGUGUGCUUGUCCAUUUUGGGAUGGAUACCGGGUGUGAUUCAUGCAUGGUGGGUGUUUGUUUUUCUUACGAGGAUGAUUAUGAAGAGAUUGAUAUGA